CCGGAUACUUAUGUAAAUUCCGGAUACUUAUGUAAAAUCCGGAUAACUACAAGAUCGAGAAUUUCGAACGAGGAGGCAUGUUGAUGUUCCCGCGCCAGACUCUGUUUUUCCAUCCGUUACAUUAUCGCACCAUGGCCGAGAACAAGCUUACGUCCUCCGCCGCGGCAUGCCUAGAAGUCCUUCGAGAUGCGAAGGACUGCGAAUGGGUGACAGAUGCCAGCACGCAGGGCGUGGAGCAGCUGAACAACAUGCUCAACACGGAAGCGCCUUUGGAACCCAUCGAAAUCUUGGCAGCCGUCGAUAAACCAGUCGCGGGACCGUACCAAAAGCAUUUGAUCCAACUGGAGGUCCACGUUGCACCCAAGACGAACUGCGGCACCAGUGCGACGUCCGACCACCGCGGGACUGAAUGCGACUUUGAUUUGAAGCAAAGCGCAACCUUUCAACUACUCCUCUCGCAACCUUCCACGGGAACAAAGCAGUGGACCCUCGUCGACAGUCUCCAGAUCCAAGAUUCGUCGGCUUCGUCCUCCAACCAAAGUGUGGACGACAUCGUGGUUGUAGGCGUGCCGCAAAAGGCUGCAAGUACCACCGGUGGGCAAUCCCCGCUCAAGUUCAUCCCUACCUAUGCCCUCGAAGUCCUCGUGGUAGCCGCGUGCAUAUUUGGCCUCACGGCGCUGCUUGUGCACACGGUUCGUCAACGCCGCACGGGUUAUGCAACCGUCGGCCAGCCGCAUGCACAAGUAAAAGUACGGCGCGUGGACCUAAAGCGCGCGAACCCGGUGCCGCGGAACGAAGAAACCACGUUGCGGCACUCGCAUGAGAAGAACGAGCGCUUCGCUGUAUGACAGCUUCGCAUUUGCAUUUUAUUCUUUUAUAAUUGUCUGGUAACAUUCAUUCAUCCAGUGGAUUCUAUAUUGCGACGUCUGUUUUAAAUAAAUACUACUAGUAGUACUAGUAAUAUAUACUUCGACGUACCCCGCGUAUUAAUAGUAAUAAAGUUAUUCAUACUAUUAAUACUUGGAAGUA